AUGGUCAUACGAGUCACGAUCGCCUACAGGACAAUAACGUCGGAAGCAGCAAACGUUAUCGCCGGAAUGAUCCCAAUCUGCAUCACCCUGGCAGAGGAUAUCGAGUGUUAUCAGCGUAGAACCACCAGAAACGUGCGAACGAUGGUUCGAAUCGAUUCGAUGGCGAAGUGGCAGCAGGAGUGGGACAGUACGGAGAAAUGUAGAUGGACUCACCGGCCGUCGCCGUGGAUGAAUAGACAACACGGAGAGGUAAACUUCUACCUAACGCAGUUUCUAUCUGGUCAUGGUUGUUUCCGGAAGCAUCUGCAUCGGUGUGGUCACGCCGCGUCUCCAUUUUGUCCGGAGUGUGAGUAUGUUGAAGAAACACCUGAACAUGUGAUUUUCGAUUGUCCCCGGAAAUGUGUCGUGAAGAUGGCACGUGGAAUGCAGUAA